CAGAUCAGAGCCCGGAGAACACGCGGCGCGGGGCUCGUUUCUCCCCGCGAUCCAGGCCCGGUCCCGCACGUGCCGCCCGCCCGGAGCCGCGGGCGCUCGGAUCGUCUGGAGAGUCCGGAGCAGGAGCUGGGGCCAGGAGCUCCACCCCAGCUCGUCUUCACUGAAUCAGACCCAGUUAGACCAAGAGGAGCCAAUCCCAGCCCAGCGCCUGCAGUAGCGUCUGUAGCCUGAGUGUCGCUGAGAGAGACAAUGGAGCCAGCAGCUCGGGCUGCUGAGAGUGACGUGCCGCUGCAGGGGAGAGCUAAUACUGAUGGACACCUAGAGACUGUUGGGGAGCCAGAACCUCGUCAUAACUGCAGGAAAUGUAACUACUACAAGAAACAUACAGUUGUGCUCGCAGUCGCCCUCGCAGUUGUGUUCUUGGGUCUCAUCAUCGCUGUUAUUGUCCUGGCAGUGCUCCAAUUCAGGAGAUCUUCAGAUGGUCGAGCCACCUCUGCUGGCCCCUCUCAGGGGCCCCCUUUAGUCCCCUCUCCGGGACCCCCUUCUGUCCCCUCUUGGGGGCCCCCUUUUGGCCCCUGCUGCCUGGAGGGGUGGGUUGGAUACCGAGGGAAAUGCUACUAUUUCUCAAAGGAAGAAAAGAACUGGAAUUCUAGCCAGCACAUCUGCUCUUCAUUCAAUGCUUCCCUGGCAGUGAUUGACACCCAGCAGGAAAAGGAUUUCAUGAUGCGCUAUGCAGCCCUCGUUGAGCACUGGAUCGGUCUCAGGAGAGACUCAGGCCAGCCCUGGAAAUGGGUGAACGGAACCAUAUUCAGCCAGCAGCUGUUUGAAGUAAGAGCAGAAGGGGACUGCGCGUAUCUGAGCGACGUCUUCGUGAGCUCUUCCAGGUGCCGUUCUCUGAGAAACUGGAUCUGUAGCAAAUCUGAGCAUAUACAAAGGGAAAGGAACAUAAAAUGGAGGGAAACUAGUAGGGAUGUAAAAGUUUAACUGGUUAACCUAUAAGGUUGAUGCUUCUCAGUAGUGCCUGUGAAAUCUGAUGUCUCCUUGUUCCUAGGAGUGCCCUUUAUAAUUAUUUAUAAUUGGAGAUAUACCAAUCUCCUAGAACUGGAAGGGACCCUGAAGGGUCAUCAAGUCCAGCCCCCUGCCUUUUCUAGCAGGACCAAGUAUUGAUUUUUGCCCCAGAUCCCUAAGUG